AUGGGCCUCUUGACUCUCAAUGAGGAUCGGCCUACGCCUAAGGCCGUCUACAACUGGCGCGUCUACACAUGCGCCGCCAUUGCAUCAAUGGCUGCGUGUACCAUCGGAUACGAUUCCGCGUUUAUCGGCACGACCCUGGCUCUGCCCUCUUUCGUCAAUGAGUUCAACUUUGAGAGCUACGACCCCGCUGCUUUGGCCCUGACCAAGCAGAAUAUCGUCUCCGUUUACCAGGCCGGUGCCUUCUUUGGCUCUCUAUUCGCCUAUGUCAGCAGUUACUUCAUCGGCCGUCGAUACUCACUCAUCCUCUUUUCUCUGGUCUUCAUGGUUGGCGCUGGUAUGAUGCUGGGUGCCAAUGGUGAUCGCGGUCUCGGUCUUAUUAUCGGCGGUCGUGUCCUGGCUGGUCUUGGCGUUGGUGGCUGCUCCAACAUGACACCAAUUUACAUCUCUGAGCUUUCGCCUCCUGCUAUUCGAGGUCGCCUUGUCGGUCUUUACGAGCUCGGUUGGCAAGCUGGUGGCCUUGUUGGUUUCUGGAUCAACUACGGAAUCAACCAACACAUGCCCUACGCGCCCGGCCAGAACGAGCACUCCUGGCUCAUUCCUUUUGCUGUUCAGCUUAUCCCUGCUGGUCUGCUUCUCGUUGGUGCUAUCUUUAUCCCAGAGUCACCUCGAUGGUUGUUCUCCAAGGGCAAGCGUGACAAGGCUAUUGAGAACCUUUGCUGGAUGCGAAACCUCGACCGAAAUGAUUUGUAUAUCGUGGAGGAGAUCAACUUCAUCGAUACCGAGAUCGAUCAUUUCCACAGUGCUGUUGGCGCCGGCUUCUGGAAGCCAUUUGCCGCUCUCAAGAACCGCAAGGUUCAGUGGCGCUUCCUCCUUGGUGGUCUUCUCUUCGUGUUCCAGAACGGCUCUGGAAUCAACGCCAUCAACUACUACAGCCCCACCGUCUUCAAGAGCAUCGGCAUCACCGGUACCAAUACUAGCUUCCUGACCACCGGUAUCUUUGGUGUUGUCAAGACUGUCCUUACCUUUGUGUGGCUCAUGGUUCUUAUUGACCAAAUGGGUCGCCGAAACCUUCUCAUGCUCGGUGCUGCUGGUGGCGCUUUCUGCAUGUACUUCAUCGGUGCUUACAUCAAGAUCGCCAACACCGAGGCCAAGAUUGCAAGUGGUGCGGACGUUUCUCUGUCCUCCGGUGGAAUCGCCGCCGUGUUCUUCUUCUACCUUUACACCGCCUUCUACACACCCUCAUGGAACGGUACUCCUUGGGUUCUAAACUCUGAGAUGUUCGACCAGAACACUCGAUCUCUCGGCCAGGCCAACGCCGCCGCCAACAACUGGUUCUGGAACUUCAUCAUCGCCCGCUUCACCGUGCAGAUGUUCAAUGCCUGGGGCUGGGGCGUGUACAUCUUCUUCGCCUCUCUCAUGGUCCUUUCCAUCUUCUUCGUCUUCUUCUGCAUCCCCGAGACCAAGGGUGUCCCUCUUGAGGCCAUGGACAAGUUGUUCGAGACUAAGCCUAUCUGGAAGGCUAACAAGAUCGUCAUGGAGGAACUGAGACUCCAGGAUGAGGAGUUCCGACAUAACGUUGAAGGCGCUGAUCUGCGAGAGGAAAAGGCAAAUGCUGAGCAGAUUGAGGGCAAGGUUUAA